GAAGCUUUUGUUAACUUAAAAAAGAAAUAAUAAACGGCUUCAACUUCAAUCAUGCUCCGAACAACUUUCUCUCUCUAAAAUCCCUCUCUCUCUUUCAAAAACUGUGCACACCACCUACCGGCAAACCCAGGCUCUGCUCUCGAGAAAAAGUAAAAUUCCAAUCUUUCUCCGGUGGAUUUUUCGUAGAACCCCUGAUUGCAGCAUUUGGAUUCUUUCAAUUUUGUAUAUAGAAAUCGGUGUAUAUUUGUACAUACGUACAUAUACAUUUAUACAUAAUACGAGUUUGUAUUUGUCUUCUUCAAUCGACAUUGCAUAGUUGAUCAGUCGACACGUAAAGAUCAUCAACGUCACUAAAGCACCGACAACGAAGACGAAGAAUACCUGUUUCUUUUUCGAUCGAGUUCAAGUUUAAUGGCGAAACGCGGAUAUAAACUGCAGGAAUUUGUGGCACAUUCUGCUAAUGUGAACUGCAUCAAAAUUGGAAAGAAAACACGACGACAUUUUAUUACUGGAGGUGAUGAUGAAAUUGUGAAUGUUUGGUCAAUUGGGAAAGCAGCACCCAUAACGAGUUUAAGUGGCCACACGAGCCCUAUAGAAUCUGUAACUUUUGAUUCAAACGAAGUGUUGGUGGCUGCUGGAGCGUCCUCUGGCGUGGUAAAGCUCUGGGAGCUAGAAGAGACAAAGGUGUUUCGAACGCUUAAUGGACACCGAUCCUACUGCACUUCCUUGGAAUUCCAUCCUUUUGGUGAGUUUCUUGCAUCAGGAUCCAUGGAUACGAAUUUGAAGAUUUGGGAUAUUCGAAAGAAAGGCUGCAUUCAUACAUAUAAGGGUCAUAAACGUGCAAUUAGUACAAUCAGAUUUACACCUGAUGGAAGAUGGGUAGUGUCUGGAGGACUUGAUAAUGUUGUAAAGAUAUGGGACUUAACUGCUGGAAAGCUCUUGCAUGAGUUCAAGUUACACGAAGGCCACAUUAAAUCAAUGGAUUUCCACCCUAUCGAGUUUCUUCUAGCAACAGGUUCAUCAGAUAGAACUGUGAAAUUUUGGGAUUUGGAAACCUUUGAAUUGAUUGGAACAACUCGGGCUGAGGCAACAGGGGUACGAUCAGUUACAUUUCAUCCAGAUGGAAGAACACUCUUUUGUGGAUUAGACAACAGUUUAAAGGUGUAUUCAUGGGAGCCUAUAAUUUGUCAUGAUGCUGUUGAUAUAGGAUGGUCAACCUUAGGUGACCUUUGUAUUGAUGAUGGGAAGCUUUUAGGGUUCUCAUAUUAUCAAAACUCUAUUAGAGUUUGGGAAGCAGAUGUUUCACAUAUCGAACCAUAUGCACAUAACAUGAUAGCCAUGGAAAAAGCUCAUGUGGAGCCAAAAACUAAUCUCCAUGAAACUAAGACUCCAAGAAGGUCAUUUAUAGAUGAUGACACAAAUGAUAUCAAGAAUAUAUAUGUAGACACUGCAGGCAUGACUCCUGUUGUUUCUAGAAAAGAUGGAUCAAAUACAAACAUCCAGAGAAGACUUUUUACUGAUGAUGUGGCGAUUGAUUCCUCCAACAAAAGGUCGACACCUGUUAAAUGUGUUGCAGUUUCAAAUGGAAAGACGCGCAAUCUUGUUGAGAUAUUUGAGAAAAAAGAAUCUCAAAAACCUAAUACAGAUAACAUGUAUGUAAAUGGUGACACUGUAGAGCAGCCACCUUCUGUGAAUGUGGUGUCAUGUGCAAUACCUGAAACUGCCACGUCACCAAUAAAGACACCUGAUGAUGAUAUGGCGUCUUUGUCAGUAUCAGAAGCUAAAUUGUCACCUGUGACAUUUAAAGCUUCCCCUAAAGCUAAGGUCUUAUCAGUUCAGAGAAGACCUGUUGCUUCCAAAAGGGUAAUAUCGGAAAAAGUUAGGUCGCCUCCAAUGGCGGAUGCAAGAAGAUUUAGAGCUUCUUCUCAAGUGAUACCUGAAAGAAGUAGAAUUAGAACCAGAACCUCACCUCUGCCAGCUGUACCAAGGCAAAUUACUUCUACACAUAUGACAAUUGAAAAACCUAAAAUUUCUCCCUUGUUGGAGGAUAAUCCACAGACCACAGGAAGAGGUUUGAUGUGUAAGAAUGAUGAUACUGAAGAUUUGAUGAUUGAUCAUGAGUUAUUUUUAAGCACUCUUCAAUCUCGCCUUACAAAACUUCAGGUUAUAGGACAUUUUUGGGCACGAAAUGACACGAGGGGCGCUAUUAAUGCCUUGCAGAAGUUACCAGAUCAUGCAGUACAUGCAGAUGUGAUUAGUGUUAUGCUGGAAAACACAGAGUGUUUAAAUUUAGAUCACUUCUGUUGCUUGUUGCCUUUACUUUUGGGAUUACUCGAUAGCAACAUAGAGAGGCAUAUAAACGUGUCAUUGGAAAUGUUGUUGAAGCUUGUAGCUGUGUUUUGGCCUUUAAUCACCUCCACAAUCUCAGCACCUCCAUCUGUGGGUGUUGAUCUUCAUGCAGAAAAAAGAUUUGAAUGCUGCAAUGAAUGCCAUGUGGAGCUCCAAAAGAUCCAGAAAAGUCUCCCAAAUGUUAUAAGGCGGGGUGGUUUGACAGCAAGAAGUGCACAAGAACUAAAUCUUGUACUUCAACUAUUGUGAUCCAAUUAAAGUUCAAAUGUGUAUCUUUUAUAUGGAAAAAAGAAGUUUGUACAAAUUUUAGCAACAAACAUCAGAUCUGCAUGUUGUAGAACACAUUUUGAUCAGAUGGUUGUUGCUGGAAAUUUGUAUGGUAAUUGUUGGCCUUUUGCCAAUAGGUGCAUAUGUAGUCUUUUUUUGUUUUUCUUCUUUUUUCUUCAAAUGUAAAGAAGAUCAAAUUUUCAUGUUGUAAAAACAUAUGUUGAUAGUGAAGUUCAAUAUAGGAUUUGAGUGACUAAUGUUGGAAAUUUGUGUAACCAUCUUUGGUUUGAUAGAGAUAGUUCUUCUAGCAAUGAAAUACAUUCAUUAUUAU